AUGUCUACCCAAGAGACGGUGCCAGCUGCUCCCAGCAACGGGGAGACUAUCCCGCAGUCUGCAUCUGAGCCCAUUGAUCUCCAGCUGCCAACGUCAGCUGCCGAUGGCCUCAUCCAGAAGCCAUUUGCUAGACCCUUGGACACUGCCAACCCAACAGCCCCGGCACAGUUGACCUCGGAUCAAAAGUCCAAGUACGAAGCAGUGCUCAAGACAGUCUCAUCGUGGACCACAGUCCCCACUAAGGCCGAAAAGGGUGCCCCAACUGCACCCAUCACGGAAGAUGAACGUAUGUGGUUGACCCGCGAAUGUCUCCUUCGCUACCUGCGUGCGACCAAGUGGAAUGUGGCGGAGGCGGAGACUCGCCUCCUGAGCACAUUGACUUGGCGCCGGGAGUAUGAUCUGAAGAAAUUGACUCCGGAAUACAUUUCCAUUGAGAAUGAGACAGGCAAACAGGUGCUUCUGGGAUAUGAUAUUCACGGACGGCCCUGUUUGUACCUUUUGCCUUCCAAUCAGAACACGGAGAAGAGCGAUCGUCAGCUCGAACAUCUUGUUUUCAUGUUGGAGCGAGCAAUUGACCUGAUGGGUCCUGAUCAGGAGACAGUUGCAUUGCUGGUCAACUUUAACGAGACCAAGUCUGGCCAGAAUGCCAGCAUGGGUCAAGCUAAGCAGACUCUCGGUUUCUUGCAGAACCACUAUCCUGAGCGACUUGGUCGAGCUCUUGUCAUUAAUGUUCCAUUCAUGAUCUGGGGAUUCUUCAAGUUGAUUACUCCCUUCAUCGACCCCAACACCCGGGAGAAACUCAAGUUCAACGAGGACCUGCGUCAACACGUCCCACCAAGCCAGCUCAUGAAGUCUGUUGGUGGUGAUGUUGAGUUCCGCUACGACCAUGCCACCUACUGGCCUGCUUUGAACACCUUGGCCGAGCAGCGACGUGAGGCUUACCGUCAACGAUGGGUCCAGGGGGGCAAGCAGAUCGGCGAGCUUGAGAACUAUCUCAAGGGAGAAAACACCCCGAGCUUGUCGGCUGCUAUGGCCGAAGUCGAGGCCAAGGCCAAUGCCAGCGAGUAA